CAGCACUCUCAGCAAGUGAGCAUUCCAAGUCCAAUCUAUUCCAAGACAAAGAGAUAGUUAUAAGGAGCCUCGAUCAUGUCUUCAAUUCUCCCACCGAUCCCACGCUUCGUGAUGACCGUCUUUGAGCCAAUCUCACUUAUCGCAGGCUGUGCAGCCCCGUUUGUCUCGGCAUCAUAUUUUGUGUCUGAACAGAUUCCAAAGUCGCCCAAUAUCCCUCUUGACGCAAAUACCAGCAUGGUUGCGUACCAACUUGGUAACAUCUAUCUCCUGCUUGCCAUGGUUGGCAUUGCUGUACUGUAUACCACAACCGAAGCAGCCGUCGUGCGGAAUUACGUAGUUGCACUCUGGCUUGCUGAUAUCUCUCAUGUUGGUAUUACAUGCUAUGUCAUGCCGCAUGAGCACCUUAUGGAUGUUGCGAAUUGGAAUGCUAUGACCUGGGGGAAUAUUGGUGUAACUGUCUUCCUUUUCUCUGUCCGUACUGGCUAUCUCCUUGGUCUUUUUGGUCCGGAUCGCCAGCCUGUGGUACCGUGGAAGAAGCUGCAAUAGAGAGAGAGAGAGUAAGAAAACGGCGGAAACAGAGUUCGGAAGUCUAUGGGACAAGCGUUCGAGAAUGAAAAAAAUUGUAUCUUCGGGUAAAAUCGCGUCCUGAGAGAAGUUUCCGCUGGUAAAUAUUUGUUCACUCUACAGCGGUCUUGAGGGGCCCAGGAGCUGAACAGAUGAAGAACUGUGGCAAUGCGUUUCUUAACAAAACUGAUACUCCAACGCUCCAUCCAACCACCAUUUAGUUUGUCGUGAAUAUUGUUAUACCAGUCGAUUGAAUUGGGGUGACACGAGUGUCGACAUCCUGAUGUUGCCGGAGGCCAUUCAUCUUGGACCAUUUCCUGCGGAGCUAGACAUUGC